CUUAAACCACAAGCACAUGACGGUUUGACAACUACAAAGCAAACACACUGCAGUCAUCUGAGGAACAGAACAUUAAGUUUUGACAAUGAUAACCACUAAUCGGCCGAUCAAGUUCCUCAUCUGUCUACAUUUGACAAUAUUCCUCAUAAGUCACACUCUGGCUUUUAUGGCUUUGUUGCCUGAUGCCCAGACCCAUCAGAACAUAACUCUUAAUGCAAUCUUACAGACAACAGCUGAUGUCUGCAAAUCAAUGGGAAAAGUCGCGGCAAACCCACUAACAGUGGAAUCAGUAGCAGAAGCGUGUUACUCAUCUAAUGCAGCCAAAGAUUUUCAAAGAAGCAUUAAUGAAAUUAACACAUACAAUGCCUUGGUCGAUAUUCAAUAUCCCUUUACUGCAAGUUACCAUUUUAACAAUGAGGAGUUCUUGUCCGGACAGGAUCUUAUUCUAAAAGGAAUUUCUACUGUUAUAACGUACGUCUCACAGGAGAACUAUCAAGUUGCCAGAGAGGCACUUGGUAAAGUCUUCCACACUUUGCAGGAUUUUUACAGUCAUAGCAACUGGAUUGAGCUGGGACAUACAACACCUUACUCAAGUCUGAUUCAAGCUGAAAGCCUAAUUAGCAACAUGGCAGAUUCAGAUACAUGCAGUAGUUGUUAUUUUGACAUCUGCCGAGGAAACAUCUUGGAGGCGGUCAUCACACAGCAGAAACUCACAUCAGGAUACUAUGGCGAGACCAAACCAAAGGGAAAGUGCAGUCAUGGAGGAAAUGAUGAUGUAUCAAGCUGGGGGCAAGGAGGCAUAAAUAAGGACAAUACAAGCUCCAGUCACGGUUAUCUACAUGAAAUAGCAGCAUCGGUAGCCACUGAUGCUACCAUAGAUCUCCUCAACUACAUUCGAAAAAAAAUCGGAGAUUCUGAGUUUCUUAGACUCUUGGGACUUGGGCAGACAGCAGUGCUGUGUUUUGUCAUUGACACCACUAGCAGCAUGUCUGAUAAUGUUGCAAGCCUCAGAAAAGUGACUUCUGCUAUCAUUGAUAGCAAAACAGGCUCUGCAAUUAAACCAUUAGAAUACAUCUUGGUGUUAUUCAAUGACCCUGGUUAUGGCCCGCUUUUAAGAACAAGUGAUCCUAAAGUUUUUAAAGACGCAAUCAAUGCACUUAUACCUAGUGGUGGCGAAAAUGAUGAUGAAGAAAUGUGUCUCUCAGGACUCAAGCUUGCUCUCACUGGAUGUCCACCACAGACUGAGAUUUAUGUUUUCACAGACGCUGGUGCAAAAGAUAAAUGGUUGACGAACUCCGUGAAAGCACUGAUUGAGAAAAAAAAGUCUGUAGUUACCUUUAUGCUAAAUGGCGCCACUAGCUCUCUGAGACGCAGGAAGCGUUACUGGUUCUAUCCUGGUCAACAGUCCUUGUCUCCUCAGCUUUCUGAUCCACAGCUUUACCAGGAUUUGGCUCAGGCUUCUGGGGGCUACGUCGUUGAUGUCAACAGCAUAACACAAUCAAACAUCCAAGCUGUUACCUCAAGCUACACAAUGGUCACUCUAUUUCAGGCUGUAAUAAAUCCACCAAGAGCUGAAAUCUUCCCAGUCUUUGUGGAUUUUUCUGUGCAAAGUCUGACAAUCUACAUCACUGGCAAUCCAAAUUACAGCAUCCUCAGUCCCACAGGAGUGGUACAGAACUCCACGGCAUUCGGCAACAUGAGUGUGUGGCCUACUCAGAUUUUUGGCAACCUUUCCGUUGUUCAACCAGAUGAAAAGAACCAGGCUGGACGCUGGCUCUUUAACAUAAACUCAACAGAGCCCUACAGCAUCAAAGUUACUGGUCGAAGCAUCAUCAACUUCCUUUUCGACUUUGUCCAAAUUUAUGAAGGGCUUCAUACAACAUAUACAGAAUUAAACAGAAGACCUGUUUCGAAUACCAGUAUCAACAUGUUGCUGUCCUUGCUUGGUGGAAGCAAUAAAGUUAAAGCUACAGAGGUGUAUCUAACCAAAUCAUCAAGUCCAGAGUCUUAUAAAGGCACACUCAAAGCAAUAGGUAACGGGCAGUAUAUGGUGUCCUUCAACAGCGUUUCAGCAGGACAGUUUGCUGUAUUUGUGAUUGGAGAGGCCAGGUUCGUAGCUGAUGUCAUCUUGAGAUAUCAGAGACAGUCACCAUCUUGGUUCCAAGUAUCAGAUGUGACCGUUGCAGCUCAACCAUUUGAACACUUGGAACCAGGAGUAUCUUUCAGUCUGCCCUUUAAUGUUACAGCCAACAGCUUUGAAGGAAACUUUAACAUCAGUGUCACCAAUGAUCAAAAUUUUGACAUUCUUUUUAACAAAUCCAUAACUCUUAAGAAUGGAGUUAGCGCAAAUGAAACGGUAACUGUGAUUCCUCCUGUUAACGCUUCUUCUGGAACUGAAGCCAUCAUGACAAUCUUUGCUGAAGCAGCUAAUGGAAGCGACUUCAACUAUGCUGUGCUGCAUCUGGAUGUUAUUGAUGUGGUGAGAGAGUAUGUCCCUCCAGUAUGUAACGUGCUUCAAAUAACUGCUAACUGUUCUGGAAGCUGCAGCCUCUCCUCAUGGUCCCUCACUGCCAACGUGACUGCUGGAUUUGGAUCAGGUAUCCCAAGUUUGAAAGUUCUCAAGGGAAACGGCCAGAUCACCACUACCAGUAUGAUAAGGGACACAAGCACGAUUGUCACCAUGGUGGUCUACAACGCGUCCUGCUGUUCCAAGGAGUUGCAUCUGGUUGCUGUGGAUUCAGUGGGAAAUGUUGCCACCUGCUUUAGAUCUCUAUCAGCUGCAGCUGCACCAAGUACCUUACCUCAUAGUGCAGAAUUUUUCUUGAUUUGCCUUUUGCUUAAUAUCGGAGUCUCACUUUACCAACAUACGCAGCUCUAAUUAAAAAAAAAACAGUUAUUUAUUUAAAUGAAUGUAAUAUAUGCCUAUUUAUGUCUACAUACAAAUUAUUUGGUAUUGCUUUUAUGCAGUAAAAGUAGACUGUGCUCAUCUUAUAUAA